AGUAAAACAUCCACAACUCUUCGAGCAGCCUUCCAGAUUACAGCUUGGGUUGUGAUUCGUUCUAAUUUCUCGUACAGAUUUGCUGGUCUCUACGGACUUGAUGUCUAGCUCGCUCGGCAUGUGUCAAUCAGCUCAUAGAUCGAAGAACACGAGCUACGUGAUUGCCGAGAGCAGGAAAGAGCACUUCGAUCACGGAAAGGCAAAAGAGGGAUUAUUCGAAGUCAGCUAACAAGCUUCGGGCUGUGCUCUCGUCGGCAUGAACUCGAGAUCAGAAUCACAAAAUAAGCCACUGAUUUCAAGUUCCUGUCACAUUGAUUCCUUGCACACCAUGCAUGUUUUAGCAACCUUGUAUCGUGAGGCAUAUAAAACGCGCAGAUUUCUCACGUUACUAUCCUCACUGACGACUGGACUGCGGGCUGUGAUCGUGCAUUGAUUAGCCGACCGAGAUCCACUUCACAGCACGAAGCUUGCGGGGCACAUGAAAUUAGCUCUGUCGUGCUCGUUUUGUGCACGAGAUUGCGCGUUGACGAAGCAAAGAAGGAAGAAGCGAUACAUACGGAGGGAACUAUCGGAGCCCUCUUGCUCCGAUCCUGUGAAAUCGGCCGGCGAUUGGGACGGAGAUGGCCGAAAGCCCAAGGCUGUGUGAAACCGGCCACAGCGCGGCGGACGAAGAUUCUCGGUCACAAUCUCGAGAUUUGCGGGAGGCGGAAGGUCGCGGACGAGCAGUUCGCGGGCGCCAGUCCACAGAACUCUCGACUCGCAAUCAGUCCCUUGCUCUCGCUUGCCGAAUUCCAGUCGGAGGGAGGAGUUUAGCUGGUCGGGCAGAUUUCUGAUCUCAGUGAUUCAUGGCGCACCUUCCCCAGAUGAUCACGUUUCAUCCUUUCGAGCAGCGGACCACGUCUCGAUGGUCGUGGAGCUCGAAAUUGGAUCCUCUUUCUCGCUGAGCGUCGGGUCUGGACAUGAGAGGCAGGUCCAGCGCGUCGAGGGCCUGCUUUUUAUCUCGUGAUUCUGUUCCCGUUUUUUCGUAAUGAUCUCGUAUGAGGUCGACGUCGUGUCGAUGGAUGAUGCAAAUGAUUCGGCACGAAGGUCUUGAUUAGACUACAGAUUUUCGAAGAUUCUUUCGGAAACCGAGGGUGGAACUUGUCUUGUACCAAUCUCGUGUCGGUCGGAGUCUAAAAUCACACACCAUCUCCAAAUCCCGUGCAAAUCCUGACCGUGGUGUGGAGACCUCGCUUCGCACAGUUGCUUAUUUGAACAGAUUGGCUUCGGAAAUUGCUAUUGGAGGGUCCGCAACUGUACACAGAGCAUUGUUUGUCCAGUAAGGUGGGUGGAUCGAGCUCAUCGACACUCCUUCUGCCUUCUUUCGAGGUUGAUCUGCCGUUGUGCGUUUUAUUUUUUGCCCUCUACUCGCUCGAUUAGUAGGACAACCUUGAAUCAAGCAAAUGGAGAUUCUCAGUUCUCAAUUGGCUGUGAAUUCGUGUGAGGCUCAAACGAAAUCCGGAUGCCUGUCCUCAGGCGUCACAUCGACCUCUUAGCAUUCCCCUCGUCUGUCAGAACAUUCACACAUUGGGUACACGAUUUGCUUCACUCCAGGAGCAGAACCUGAACACGUUCAGGAGUCCAGCCUUUCAAUGAUUCAAUAAAGUCGACGACCUUCAGCAGAAAUUCUCAGGUACGGCGUUUCCGAGGCCUUCAUUUUCUCUUUUUCUGGAUCAGGUAAAACUGUAGAAGAAUGUGUUUGGAAACAUUCGCUGUAUGUUUCUCAGUUUCAAUUCAAUGUACUCGGAGUCGUUUUCUACCGAAUUUUCAGUAAGGUACAUUCUUAUCAUCCCACGAGAACACGAUGUAUUCUGGAUGCAGUUCGAUUCCGAGUUCUCUGUCCUUAGAGGCCACCAUUUGUGAUCCCUCAUGGUCUGCUCUCCUUUACUCCAUGAUAAUACUGACGUAAAUUUACUGAAUUCAUAGCUCAGUGUCUCACGAAAGUUCUCACUUGCCUGUGUGUUCUCACUUUUGAGGUCUCUCUCAUGUAUAUGGGUACGUGGACAGCUUACACAUCAAGCAAGCAUUAUGUCCCGUGUUGUAUCUUACUGACGUUUAUAUCGUGUUGUAUCAGUAGACUGUCUGCAAUGUCUAAAACAAUGCUCUUAUGAUUUGUAUUCUAGUCAUGGGUGCCUCAUUGAAACUGUUGACGUACUCGUUAGUGUGUGACUCUCGUAGACUGGA